UUAUUUCUUUGAGCACCUGAGCACACCGCGUCAAAAGCCAAAGCCCCCUCUUGCCACGAGUGUUCAAGGGCACAACACAGCCCACCGGCAGCACUGAUUGCAUGCGGAGCUUCACGUGAGCUGUUUCCUGUUGGGAUCAACGGAAAAGCACGGGCGCGUGUUUUUGUGUGUUCACGCGUGCACUUCUUGACGGACACACAUCGUAAAAUAGCGUGCCUUGAGUGCCUUAUUUUUUUCGGCGGGUCAUCACUGAAGAGAUGGCUCCGGACAUCUCGGCGGUGUCCGGCGACCUAAUGCGGGCUGAAACGAUCGCAGUCGGGAGCGACAUCUGGACGGACGAUGAGGAAGGGGAAGUGUGGACGAUCGCCGAGGUCGUGCACCAGGAAAACACUAUGCUGACGGUCCGGUACAAGAGCACUGGCGAAGAGCACAAGAUCGAUUUGGGGUUUGGAGAGACGUUCCCGACGAACCCGAGAGUCGUGCCGGACAUGACGUCACUGCAUCACAUCCACGAGGCCGGAAUCCUCCACAACCUGAGGGAGAGGUCAAAGCUUAGGAACCAGCGGCCGUACACGUUCAUGGGCACUAUCCUGAUCGCGGUGAACCCAUUACAAAGAGUACCCAGCCCGGACAUGCGUGACUACAUGGACAAAUCCCUCAACCCCGAGACCCCGCACCCCUACGCCAUCGCCGAGUUGGCCUACCACCAGAUGCGUCUGGGCGCCGGCCGAAAACUGGCCAACCAGUCCAUCGUUGUGUCCGGAGAGAGCGGCGCCGGCAAAACCGAGACCUCAAAGAUCAUCCUGAGCUUUCUCACCCGCCGGUCUGUGGGGGGAAUCGCGAACUUGGACCAGAAGGUGGUGGACUCCUCCCCUAUCUUGGAGUCUUUCGGAAACGCCAAGACGCUUCGGAACAACAACUCGUCCCGGUUCGGAAAGUUCCUCAAGCUGCAGUUCACCAAGGACAAGUACCGCCUCGCCGGCGCGUUCAUCGAGACCUACCUGCUGGAGAAGAGCCGCGUGCUUACCCAGGGAACGGGAGAACGAAACUUCCACAUCUUGUACCAGCUCGUCGCCGGUGCUUCCGCCCUCGAUGACGACCUCAAGCUGGAAGACGUGGAAUCGUACAAGAUUCUCGCUCAGAGCGAGUGCGUCACGCUGGAUUGCAUGGAUGAUACCGAAGAGUUCGCUACGGUGAAGUCCGCGUUCGACACGAUCGGGAUGAGCGCCGAGUCGCAAGCACAGGUCUGGCGCAUGCUGGCGUCGGUGCUGCACAUGUCGAACCUCGAGUUUGACAAGGUGGACCACGAGCAGGGGGAGAUCGCCUCCAUCUCCGACCGCGAGGCCCUGUCGACGCUCGCGGCGUUCCUUGCGGUUGAAGAGUCAGCGCUAGAGGCCAUGCUGACGCAGAGGGUGGUGGUCACCAGGGGGGAGACGUUCACGAAGCAGCUCGGCCUGGAAGAGGCCAACCUCACCCGUGACGCGAUCGUCAAGUCGCUCUACGAGGCCCUGUUCCUUUGGGUGGUUGCGGUCAUCAACACCUCCCUGGGCAAGGGUCCGGACAGUUUGCCGUUCAUCGGCGUGCUGGACAUCUUCGGUGCUCUGAACUUCGACACGAAAAACGAGUUCGAGCAGCUGCUCAUCAACUUCACCAACGAGAGCCUGCAGGACACCUUCAACAAGCAGGUGUUCAACAACGAGCUCAAGCUUUACGAGGCCGAGGGGAUUGACGUGGUGGUGUCCAACUGCCCGGACAACGCCGAGUGCCUCAAGAUGCUCUCGAGCAGGCCCAAGGGCAUCAUCCCCAGCCUGGACAACGUGUGCGCCGAGCCUAACCCCAGCGACUCCCGCUACCUGAGCGCGCUGCACAAGGAGCACGAGCGGCACGAAGACUUCCCGCGCACCAAGCCGCAGGACAUGCGCGAAUGCUUCUGGGUGAGGCACUACGCCGGGAAGGUGAAGUACACCGUUGAAGGGUGGGUGGAGAGGAACAUGGACCGAGUCCCGGAGUCGUUCAGCAGCACUCUCGCCGCAAGCACGAGCAAGGUUGUACAGGAGGCUACAAGCCAUUACGGCAAGCCCCCGAGCGGUGGCGCUGCCGCCAAAGCGAAGCCGACACGGGCACGCAAGACCCUCGUCAAGCCUACGGUGGCGAAGGCUUUCUUGGGGUCCAUGGAGGCCCUCAACGUCACUCUGCUGAGCACCAUGUGCAACUUCGCGCGUUGCAUCAAGCCCAACGCAGAGAUGCAGUGCGGUGUCUUCGACAACAGGUACGUCGUGGACCAGCUGCAGUGUUUGGGAAUCCUGCAGACCUGCGAGGUGCUCAAGGUUGGCAUGCCCACCCGCGUCACGUACACCGAGCUCAAGGAGGUCCUCGGGGCGAGCGCUGCGGAGGCGGAGAAGCUUUUCGAGGGGGAGCCAGAGACGGCCUUGAUCGCGGCCAUCCUUUGGGCCUUUGAGGUUCCCUCGGAGGUGUUCCGGCUGGGAAGAACCCGCGUUUUCUUCCGCGCGGGUCAGAUCUCCACCCUCCAGAAGAUCCUCAACGAGACCGGCCCGGAGAAGGCUCCCUGGAUCUUCGAGAGGCUGCAGGAGGCCCUGGCCAACAGGCACAAGGCUAAGGCCGCCGCCGAGGAAGCGCAGGCUGCCGUCGACCUCACCGAGACAGCCGUAAAAGAGGCCCACGACGAGACGAUCAAGGUCAUCGGGGCCGAGGAGGACGACGGGGACGGUUCCUCGGUCCGCCCCCCCCCCAAGCCCGUCCUGAGCAGCGACGAAAAGUACAAGCUGGAGACGGCGGCGAAGCAGGCUCGCAAGGCCGGCGACUGCGUCCAACAGGUGGACCAAUUCAUGCAGGCAGCAAGAGAGGACGAUAUCGGGAAGCAUGCGGUGGGAGCCAUGGACCGCGUCGUGGCGGCAUCAGAGGAGACCCUCAAGACCAUCAAGACGUCGUCCACAAUUGCCGACGAGCUGGACGCCGCAACUCGCACGGCCAAGGGGGGUGACACGGCCGGAGAGAUCCGCAGGCUGGAAGACUCGCUCAAGCGGCUCCUCGGCUCGUUCCAAGAGGCCAAGGACCUGGCUGUGGGAUCGCAGGAGGCAGCAGCCAAGUGCCAGGUUGAGAAGACCACGGACUUGAUGGAGCAGACGAAGCGGAAGGCUUCCGCCGUAACGGGGCAGGCCGGCGUCGUCAUGAAGGCCGCGAGGGACAUCGAACAUGCGGGCAAGCGGCAGGUGGAGGCCCUCAAAGAGGCCAACGCCCUGCUUCCCACUGCCGCGGCCGCCACGGAAGCGGCCCUGGCUGCUCUCAGCUCGUUCAAGGCGCUGGUUGCCGAAGCGAGCGACGAGGAGAACGUGGCGCGGGAGAAGGCGGAAGCGGAAGCUGCGGCGGCGGCGGCAGCGGCGGCGGCAGCGGCUAAGGCGGCAGCGGAAGCGGCGGCGGAGGAGAAGCGGAGAGCCGAGGAGGCCGCCCGGGAAAAGGCUGCUAAGGAAGCGGCGGAGGCAGCUGAGCUUCAGGCCAAGCGGGAUGCAGAGGCGGCGGCGGCAGCGGCAGCGGCGGCGGCGGCUAAGGCGGCAGAAGAACAAGCAAGGGCUAUGGCUGAGAUGGAAGCGAGAGUUAAGGCUGAGGUGGAAGCGAAGUACAAGGCCGAGGCGGAAGCGAGAAUUAAGGCGGAGGCGGAAGCGAAGGCAAAGGCGGAGGCGGAAGCGAAAGCUAAGGCUGAGGCGGAGGCGGAAGCGAAAGCUAAGGCUGAGGCGGAGGCGGAAGCGAAAGCUAAGGCUGAGGCGGAAGCGAAAGCUAAGGCUGAGGCGGAAGCGAAAGCUAAGGCUGAGGCGGAAGCGAAAGUCAAGGCGGAGACUGAAGCGAAAGCGAAGGCUGACGCAGAACUGGAGGAGAAGACGAAGAGAAUGUCGCUCGAUCCGUCCGAGAUGAGCGAGGACGGCGACGAGUCCGGUGCUCUGCCCCCUUCCGGGGCUCCCGCCCGGGGGCAGCGCGGGUCCUUCAUGAAGAAGCAGCCCUCGCAGUCCGCCAGGUUCAAGGAGGCAUUGGAAGGCGGCGUCACGGAGGGAACCGAGGGCCACCUGAUGAAGCAAGUCCUCUCAACCAUGUGGAAAUCCCGCUACUUCCGACUCGAGGACGACAUCCUGACCUUCUACGACACCAAGUCUCUCGUCGGUACACGCAAAAACAAGGCAAGAAGAAAAUUGAGGGCGUGUGCACCAGUGGUAGGGGUGUUGAAGCAGAACUGGCGGCGGGAAGACUUGCAGGCGCGAGUGAGUGUGUGAGAAGUUAGGGUGGUGUGAUGUUUGGCUGAUGUUACAUUGAAAACGAUGAUGUGCAAAGAGUGUUGUUGCAGGUCACGUUGGGCUGAGAUGAAGGGCCAAGCGACAAGGUGGUAGGCGCACUAUUGUAGCACGGUGGUGUUUGAAUGGCUGCGACUCAGGUUAAGACUUGUCACGUAGCACGUGGUGUUGGAACGGCUGCGACUCAGGUUAAGGCUUUCUCACGUACGUGACAGCGU